AUGGGGAGAGGGAAAGUAGAAUUGAAGCGAAUCGAGAACCCGACAAACAGGCAAGUAACGUUUUCAAAGAGACGAAACGGGUUGCUAAAGAAAGCGUUUGAACUGUCGGUACUAUGCGACGCCGAGGUUGCUCUCCUCGUCUUCUCUCCUUCCGGGAAGACCUACCAAUUUUCGAGCCAUGACAUGAAUAGGACCAUUACACGGUACAAACUCGAAGUAGGAAUAACCAAAACAGACGACCAAGAAAUCUCAUCCAUGGAGGUGUGGAGAAAUGGGAUUGAGGAAAUGAAGAGAACAGUUGAGGCUUUGGAGACGAGAGAAAACCAUUUUGCGGGAGAAAAUCUAUCCGGGCUCGGGUUGAAAGAGUUGAAGCAGUUAGAGCGGCAACUAAGAGUUGGGGUCGAACGAAUUCGUUCCAAGAAGCGACGCAUCGUCAUGGAACACAUAAAUUAUCUAAAGAAAAAGCAUAAAGACCUUCAAGAUGAGAACAACAAUCUACAGAGACAACUGAAUGAGAUUGAAGAAGCCAGCACAAGCUCAAUCAUCAUAGAAUCAGAUGCAAACAGGAUGUUUCAAGUGUAA